AUGGCCUCCACGUUGCGGACUCUUUCGUCCCAGCUUCUCACGAAUUCGCUCCAGAUUGUUGCGACGUCGCAAGACGCAGGAUGCGGUCGCGAUUGUUCGCGAGCUCUUCGUUUGAGGUAUCCUCGCACAAACCAGAUCGUCGCAAGGCGAUCGCUGCUUGCUGCUGCCAGAAGGAAAGCACCCUCUCGCACGUCCCACUCGCGUGCCUCCAUUUUCGGAAAUCAAACCCCCCGAAGUGGAAACUACCAUGUCAAGAAGGGGGUGAGGGUGGCAGCGGUGGCAACAGACGAGCAGGGGGAGGGGGAGGCGGAAGGGGAGGGUGCGGAGUGCGUUGCAAGGGCUGAUCGCCCUCCGUUCGACCUCAAUCUGGCCGUGCUGCUGGCGGGAUUCGCGUUUGAGUCUUAUAACGAACCGCAGGAGAGCAAGGAGACCUUGUGGGAGGAGGACGUGGGUGGCUGUCGCACCAUCUUCACAUCCUACGGUUUUGCUUACGAGCUCUACUCCGGCCAGCUCAUCGUGGCCGUCCAAUCCGCCUCCAAUGUGCCAGCCGUUGAUCUCUGGGGCACCAGCGAUCCCUACGUGCUGGCAGCAGUGGGGGAGGCGUCUGCGCGCACGCGCACCAUCUGGACGAGCACGGCGCCCGAGUGGAACGAGGAGAUUCGCCUGCUGGUGAAAGCAGAUGACACCUCCCCCAAGUACCUAAAGCUGUCCAUGUGGGAUGAUGGAAUCGUCAUCUCCCCCCGUCGCCUUGGAAAUGCUUCAAUCCGAUUGGAUGACCUCCUGGACGGCGAGACACACGAGCACGAGGUGGCUCUGGAGGGCCCGGGAGGAGGGGCCACGCUGAAGCUAGCAGUGCGCUACCGCAGCUUUGCAGAGCUGGCAGAGGAGGAGAGGCGGAGGUGGCGCCUGCCCUCUCUGGAUGACAUUUUCUCAGGGCAGCUCCCUCUGGUCUCCGGCUUUCAAGACGUCAUCACUUCAGCCUUGCAACAACCCUCUACCACACCUGCCGCUGACUCCUCCCUCGCUCCCACCGAUGGCUCGGCCCCCGCUACCAGCCAACCGUCGCCAGCCAUUUCCACGUACGAGUUUGUCCGGUCUGCCAUCCAGCAGUUCGGAGCCCCGUCAGCCUUCCCAACGAGUCUGGAUAAGAUCCGAGACUCGGUCAACAGCAGCAGAGAGCAGCAGGUGAGGCAGGCGGUGGGGUUGGCGAGGGAGGUGCUACUCAGGGCAGGCUGGAUCCCGCCAGGUGGCACCCUAGACCAGCUCAGUCAGGCGGUUAUCAGUGGUGCUGACAGUGGCUCUGGUGGCUCUGGCAAUAGUUCAAGCAGCAGCAACAGUGACGCUGACCCGGCUGCUGCAUCUAGUGGUUUUGAUCUGGGUUCUGCUGCAGCGGCAGCUGCAGGGGGGUUGCUGGAGGGAGCUGCAGGUGCAGUGGCAGGGAGGAUAGAGCAGCGGCGAGCAGAGCUAAGGAGAAGCCUGACAGACAUGGGAAUCACCCUCCCCUGGUACGACCAGAAGAACGGGCAAGGAGCGGAUGGGCAAGGGACGGACGGACAGACUAGCAGUUCUGCUGCAGCGGCAGCAGCAGGGGAUUUUCUGGAGGGGGCUACAGGCGCGUUGAUGGGGAGGAUAGAGCAGCGGCGAGCCGAGCUAAGGAAAAGCCUUGUGGACCUUGGGAUUACCCUGCCCUGGUAUGACCAGAGCAAUGGGCAAGGGGCGGAGGGGCAAGGGGCAGACAGACAGGCAAGCCCCUCUACAGAUGUCACUGCUUCCCAAGAGCCGUCCUCCACCUUGGACGAUCUUCGAAAGGCCGCUUUCAGGCAGACUGAGGGGGUGCUGGGAUCGCUCGCCCUGCUCGGCAGCACAGCUGGCGGCCUCCCAUUGGCCGAGGGGGAGAAGAAGAGCUUACGCGAGGGGGAGGGGGCAGAGACGGCGGUGGAGGCAUGGACCAUGCUGGCGAGCUCGCUCGGGCAGCAGACGUUUGUCAAGUCGGAGUUUGAUAAAGUGUGCUUCCUGGACCACAGGGUGUCGGACACGCAGGUGGCCAUCUGGAGGGAUGUGCGGAGGAAGAGGAUUGUGGUGGCGUUCCGAGGCACGGAGCAGACGAAGCUAAAGGACCUACUCACAGACAUCUCCCUCUCUCCGUCCAGCCUCGACGUCGAGCGAACCUCGUCGGGCGAUUUCGACCAGGAUGUCAUGGUGCAUGGGGGUUUCCUGGCUGCAUAUGACUCAGUGCGCGCUCGCCUCCGCUCCCUCAUCGCCAUCAUCACUGACCCCAACCGCCCUACUCCGCUCACUGCCCAUUCCGCUGAUGCUGAUGCUGAUGCGGAUUCCUCGAUCCAUUCAGCUGACAGCCUAUCAGAGGGUGACACGUGGCGGGUGUACCUGACAGGGCACAGCCUGGGAGGAGCCCUGUCGACCCUCUUUGCCUACGAGCUCUCCCAGUCCAACCUGGUCAGGGAUCGCAACAUCCAUCUUACCAUGUACAAUUACGGCUCCCCUCGUGUGGGAAAUGCAGCCUUUGUUGCCAGAUUCAACGUGUAUAUGAAAGACAGCUGGCGCAUUGUGAAUCGCGCUGACAUCGUCCCCACAGUGCCCAAGCUAAUGGGGUACCGCCAUGUGUGCUGCCCCAUCUACCUCAGCCCAGGAGGACCCUCAGGUGACCUUCAGGCGGAUGCAUCACAAGAGCAGCUAGGAGUGGAUGAUGGGUAUGCAGCAGAGGUGGUGGGGGAGGCCAAUGCCAACGACAUCCUAGAAGACUAUAUGAAGGGCGAGAGGAGGCUGAUCGACCGGCUGCUGCAGACGGAGGUGGCGAUGCUCUCGGCGCUAAGGGAUGGGUCCGCCAUCAUGAUGCACAUGGAGGACUUUUAUUAUAUUGCCCUGCUCAAGAAAGUGCGAGAGAGCCUGGGUGUUUCUCAGUGA